CAGCCGCAGUCGCCGUCGCUUCCCGCCAGGGCAGCGCGCGCCCGCCCGCUCCUCUUCCCCCUUCUCCCUCCCCCAUUCCUUCCUAUCCGCUCUCCCGCUCGCCAUGUCGCUGGGAGCGGGCCCCGAGGCGGGCUUCUCCAGCGAGGAGUUGCUGACCCUGCGCUUCCCCCUGCACCGCGCCUGCCGCGAUGGGGACCUGCCCGCCCUGUGCGCGCUGCUCCAGAGUUCGCCUCGCUCCGACCUGGCGGCCGAGGAUUCCUUCUAUGGCUGGACGCCCAUCCACUGGGCCGCGCACUUCGGCAAGCUGGAGUGCCUAAUGCAGUUAGUAAGAGCUGGAGCGUCUGUAAAUGCCAGUACAACACGUUUUGCUCAAACACCAGCCCACAUUGCUGCUUUUGGAGGACAUCCACAGUGCCUGAAUUGGUUGAUUCAAGUUGGGGCCAACAUAAACAAACAGGAUUAUGUUGGUGAAACUCCUAUUCAUAAAGCAGCACGGUCUGGUAGUAUGGAUUCCAUAAGUGCCCUUGUGGCUCAUGGUGCGCAAAUAGACUUGAGAAAUGCCAGUGGCCUGACAGCAGCAGACCUUGCACAUACCCAGGGCUUCCAAGAAUGUGCCCAGUUUCUCUUGAACCUCCAGAACUGUCACCUGAAUCGUUUCUAUAGCAAUGGCACCUUAAAUGGGGUUCAUCAGAAUGCAGGUCCCAAUCCAUUCAGUGGUGGGACAAGUCGAAAAAGAUCCUUUGAAGAUAUGGAGUCUGCUGGAGUAAAGAAGGCUAGAACAGAAGCUUACAGCUUUGAUGGCUUAAUACCAAUGCUGAAUGGAGGAGCUGAGGACGAUGCUGACAAUAUGCACGUUGAUAGAGAGUUUGCUGUUGUAUCAGGUGUAUUUCUUAAUGCAGAUAUGAAUAGCAGUAGCUCCAUAUUGAAUGCACUGACAAAUGGAUGUGCCAUCAAUGGACAUUUGGAUUUCACCGCCGCACAGCAGCUCAGUGGGAUGGAUGCCAGGCGUGAGGAGUGCUUAGCAUUAACACCUAACGGAGUCAUUCCUGGAGUGACUUCUCCCAGUAGGCAUCGGAUCCAUACCAGUAACGGCACCGAGGAACCAGAAAAAGCCAUGAGUAAUUCCACCGAUAUGUGUGGAUCUCUGCACCUGAAUGGAAGCCCGAGCAGCUGUGUUUCCAACCGGCCCUCGUGGGUGGAAGACCCUGGAGACACUUUGCACUAUGGACACUAUCAUGGUUUUGGGGAUACUGCUGAAAGCAUCCCUGAACUCAGUAGUGUCGUUGAGCAUUCCAAUUCUGUCAAGGUCGAACAGAGAUAUGACAAUACUGUCCUAGGCACAAUGUAUUUGUACCACGGUUCCUAGAUUAAUGACGUUUAUAUCAAACGCAUAUUGAAAUUGCUACCAAAUGAAACGGGGGAGACAGAAUCCUCACAUAGCAUUAAAUUUGAAGAUCGCAACUUGUUGCUAUUUUUACACUUUGUUUAUAUGAAAAGUAAACCUUUAAUUUGAUGGCCUUAUACAAUAGUUGUAGUUUGUUGCAUGUAUGGGGCUUAUUUAGUGAUAAAAUAGGUGCUGUCAUGAUGGAAUGUUUAUUGUUUUUAUUUUUUUAUUAUGGAAUGUUCUGGUUUUGUAUUUUUUUUCUAAGCUUGUGAACACUAUCUUUCCCUUUUUAGAGCUGUUUUCCCUUUUAUUAAAACAAUGUUUAACUGAAUUUUGUGAAGAAAAUGCUACAUAUAUGCAUCACUUAGAGAUAAAUUUUUUUCUUUUCUGUAUCUUCUGCUGAAGCUAUGGUAGCAAUAUCAAUGCCAGCUCUCACUAUGCAAGGUUGAAAGUGGCAAUCUUCUGGAGCUUCUCUGACUUUAUAGUUUGUACAUUUGUUUGGUAUAAUUAGAUGUUUAUCUUUACAUUUUUUGAACAAGUUGUUUAAAAAUGCAGAGACAAAUUUGGAAGAAGUUGCUGUUUCACUUUCUGUAGCAUAGAAUUGCUUUUUGUUGUUGUGGGGCUCUUUGCAUUACAGAGUGGGAACGUGGGCUGCCUUUGUUCGGUCGCAGUUGGGUGUGCCUCAGGUUAGCUCUGUGGUUGGGUUUCUUUGGCUUCUCUCCUUUGUAUGUGUGCUUGAUGUUUUACCAUAGCUCACAGACUGGAGGCAUGUUGGCACUGUUGUGCUUUGUACGCAGUUUAAAAUUGCUGUUACUCGUUAUAGAAUUUGCCAAGUCAAAAUAUUUGAGUUUGACUGUCUUGGAUAUACAUUUAUUGUCUUUUUUUUUUAACAUAUGCUUUAAAAAUGUAACAUUGUGUACUCUUUGGGCUAUGCUCACAGAAAAUACAUUGUAUUUAAUGCUUAAUACACAGAUCAAAAUUCAUAUAAGUGCACUAUAUGAGCACUAAUACUAUAAGUUGCUGCUUGUGUUAUAAGUGAAGAGUGGGGAAGAAUAUGGUAAAAGAGAUAAGCCCUCUGAAUUGUGUUGAUUUUUUUGUUCUUGUUUUAAAAAGGGACCUUUACAAAUUGGAUUUAAAAAAAUAAACAUAUUACAUUGUAUCUGAA